AUGGGACCGUGGGGCCUGUGGGAGGCGCUGCUGCUACUGGGCGGCGCCCUUGUGUGCUCCCCCGGGGCCAGGCUCGGGUCGCGGCAGGCCGGCGGGCAGGGGCCGGAGGCGGCGGAGGACCGGCGUGUCCCGAAGGGCAGUAUCGUCCGUCCGGAUUGCGGAAUAGCACCGUUUAGGGAUGCACUGGAAGGGUCUCGGAUUAUAGGAGGUUCGCAAGCUCAUGAGGGCGCAUGGCCAUGGCUAGUGAGCCUGCAGGUUCAAGAUGGCGAUCUUCUUGUUCAUAUAUGUGGAGGUACGCUAGUGAAAGACAGAUGGGUCCUCACAGCUGCCCACUGCACUAAAGAAGUUAGAAAUCCUUUGAAGUGGAGAGCUGUGAUUGGAACCAAUGACCUAUCUAGGAGCCACUCCCACACUAGGAAUGUCAAAGUUCAAGCCAUCUUCAUCCAGCCAGGCUUUAUUCUGGAGACAUUCAUAAAUGAUAUUGCACUUUUUCGUUUAAAAAGAGCUGUGAGGUAUAAUGACUAUAUUCAGCCUAUUUGUCUACCUUUUGGUGUUUUCCAAAAACUGAACCAAAACACAAUGUGUUUCGUAAGUGGCUGGGGAAGAACACAAGAAGAAGGCAAUGGCACACACAUCUUACAGGAAGCAAAAGUACACUUCAUUUCUCGAGAACUUUGUAAUUCCAAGAUGAGUUAUGGAGGAGCAGUCCCUAAUACUUCAUUCUGUGCAGGUGAUGAAGAUGGAGCCUUUGAUACUUGUAGGGGUGAUAGUGGUGGACCAUUAAUGUGCUACUUACCAGAAUUCAGAAGAUUUUUUGUAAUGGGAAUUACCAGUUUUGGACAUGGCUGUGGUCGAAGACAUUUUCCUGGUAUCUACAGUGGGCCAUCUUUCUUCCAAAAGUGGCUGACAGACCACUUCUCCCAAGGAAGCACUAAAGGCAUGUUUAAUAUGCACAUCUUGUUUGGGCAGAUCUUCAUGGCUUUCAGUUCCAUUUUCUUACUAGGAACAGCAUAA